AUGACAUUUAGGAAUUCCCCAGAACUAAGUCUAAACAUAUACGAAAGACCUCCUCAAAAUCCAGAAUGGCAUCAAAAAUAAGAGAAUAUUGAUUUAAUCUUGAAUAAGAUCAGAUAACAUAAUUUGCUUAAAAGAAUUCAUUUUAGUUGUAAUGAGUAGUUGCAAGUAAUUUAAAUAAUAAUUUUAAGGAAAACGACCCUUUAUUGCUUAGAAGUCAUAGAUUAAAUAAAAAACUAGAAGAAUUUGAUAACUAUCAUGAAGAGUAAUUAAAAACUUAUAGAAAGAUUUUAUAAACUGAUAAAGAGCAUAUAACAAAUGCCAUAUCCCAAAGAAGAAGAAUGGGUUCAUUUGUUAAGCAUGUUAGAAGUAUUAGCACAACAGUUUUAAAGCCGUACUAAAUUUAUUUUUAACAGUAGACUAAUUUAAGUCAAUAAUAUUGUAAAUCUAUAAAGUAAUGAUAAAAAGUUGGAAAAUCAAGUUAUAAUGAGAUAAUAAAUAAAAUCAAUUUAAGAAAAUAGAAAAACAAUAGAAAAUUGUUCUAAAAGACUUUAAUAAUUAUUUAAAGAGGAUUUUUCAAAUCAAGGAUCAAGAGUGCAAAGUCAUUUAGAACAAAGAAAUAAAAAGAAAAAAAAUUCAAUUGACUUUAUCCGAAACCUGUAUUGAUUUGAUUUUUAUAUAUAAAUAAUUUGUUUAUGUAUCUUUUUUUAGAAAAUUUUAAAGUCAUGAGAUCAUAAAUUCAAAAAUGCAUAAAUUACUUUACUUUUUUAAAAUGAAUACUUCUACUUCUAUUACUAAUAAGCACUAGUCCUUCAAAAGAGUUAAAGAAAGACUUGUUUGUGAAGCAAUUGAGAAAGUUGAAAGAUGGAGAUAAAUGUUUACUGAAGGAUUAUAAAUAGAAAAUGGUGAAAUAAUCAAAGUUACUUUGAAUUAAGCUGCAGAAUUAGUUGGAAUACCCAAAAAAACUCUUGAAGAUUAUACUUAACUAUUUAAAAAAGUCAAAUUACUCACUGCAGAUAUAAAACAAUUCUCUAAUGAAAAAAUGGGAUUUUUAAGAAGUUAUUUGAGAAAAAAUCAAAACAAGCUUAAGAAAAAGCUUAAAGAUCAGAGACUUAAAGAACUUGAAAUCCAAAGAAAGACUUUAGAGAUGAUCAAAGAGUAAAAUUAUUUACAAAAAUAAAAAUUACAUGACGAUACUGAAACCACAGAAACUUAUGAUGCUCAAUUGGAAUCAUCAAAUCAAUAGCUAUGGGAUGAGUAAAAUUAUAUUGAUACUGAAAUAUAAUUUUAACAAGUAUUUCUUUUAUUUUUUAUAUUUAUUAGGAGGAAGAUCAAGAUUUUCAAGAUUACGAUAGCCGCUAGUGUUAUUUUAAUAGAAUAUCCAAUUUCUAAUAGGAAGAAGAUAUUGAAAAUUAUUUCCAAUCAAUCCAAUGAAUAAGAAAUGUAAUAUUUAUUCAAUACAUAUGGAAC